CGACGACUUGACAAUGCCAGCCAUGAAGCGUAAAUUGAAUGCACGCAAUGAACCGGAAACGUCCGAUUCUCUCUCAUCCCCUGCCCAGCCCGCCCAAAAAGCCGCAGACCCCUCCCCGAAAUCUGCAACGCCCACCUUUUCUACCUUUGGCCUUGACGGAAGACUUUUGCGCGCAGUACGUUCACAGCACUGGUCUGAUCCCACGCUUGUUCAAGUAAGAGCGAUACCUCUGGCGCUUGAAGGAAAGGACAUACUGGCGCGGUCUGGAACAGGCACCGGAAAGACUGCAGCAUACCUCCUUCCCAUCCUCCAUAACGUACUACGCCGAACCGGAAACCGCGAAACGUCUUCUCUCAUCCUCGUCCCUACUAAAGAACUCGCCCUACAAGUCACGAAGGUCGCCCAGUCGCUCGCCGCAUUUUGCGAUGUCCGGGUACAGAACCUAGCCAGCAAGGAGUCAGAGGUGGUACAACGCGCAAAGCUUGCGGAUCUGCCACAGAUAGUGGUUGCUACGCCGGCACGAGCGGCGGCGAAUAUGAAUAAUGGGGCGCUAUCGCUGAAGAGCCUCGCGCACCUGGUUGUGGACGAAGGGGAUUUGGUUAUGGGAUAUGGAUUCAAAGAGGACCUCGACUACAUCUCCCAGAACAUACCAAAAGGAGUUCAAAUCUUCUUGAUGAGCGCCACCCUCAACACGGACGUGGACGCUGUGAAGGGCUUGUUUUGUCGGGAUCCGGUCUUGUUGGACUUAGGCGCCCUUGAGAAGGACUCGCAGCAGGUCAAGCAAUACGUCAUCAAAUGUGCAGAAGAGGAGAAGUUUCUCCUCGCGUAUGCCCUUUUCAAGCUCGAUUUGAUCAAAGGCAAAACAAUUGUAUUUGUCGGGGAUGUCGAUCGUUCCUACAGAGUCAAGCUCUUCCUCGAACAGUUUGGCAUAAAAGCUUGCGUCUUAAACGCCGAACUCCCCCUGACCAGCCGGCUACACAUAGUUGAAGAGUUUAACAAGAACAUAUACAACAUUCUCAUCGCCUCCGAUGACACCGAGAUUCUCGGCACCGAGAAGAAAAGCGACGAAUCGAGGCCGAGGAAGAAGGCCAAGACGGACGACGGCAGGCCGGACUUUGGCAUCUCACGCGGCAUCGAUUUCCGGAACGUUUCUUGUAUUCUGAAUUUUGACAUGCCUUCAUCCCGAAAGGCCUACGCCCACCGUAUUGGGCGCACAGCUCGCGCUGGCAAAUCUGGAACGGCUAUAUCCCUAGUCAUUCCCAAGGAUAAGUUCAAAAAGCACAAGCCCACUUCAUUUCUGGGCUGCGAGAACGACGAGAAAGUGCUCGAGAAGAUCGAAAAGCACCAGACAGAAGGCUCUGGGCUAGAGGAUUACAAAUUCGACAUGAAGCGUCUGGAGCCGUUUCGCUAUCGAUUCGCGGAUGCCCUACGAGCGGUGACGCGCAUAGCCGUGCGCGAGGCGCGCGUCAAGGAGAUCAGGAUGGAGCUUGCGAAGAGCCAGAAGUUGAGCCGGUACUUUGAAGAACAUCCCGACGAACUCGCACACCUUCGGCACGACCAGACGCUCAACCAUCCAGCGAGGAUUCAGGCCCAUCUUAAGCACGUUCCUGACUAUCUGUUACCGGGUGGCAAGAAGUCCCAGGACAUUGGCUUCGUCAGCUUGAACAAGCCUAAGCCCAGGAGGUUCGUACAGAGGAAGGGCAAAAAGGUGGUGAGGGGGAAGAAUGGCAAGAUCGACCCGCUGAAGACGUUCAACGCAAGAGGAAGAGGCAAGAAGUGAAAGUCACGUGUCAAGACGGCUUCUUAUGUCGCGAGGGAGGACGGAAUCUGAGUCUUUAGGAGCCGACAAAUGUUAGAUGAGGAGCUUCUCACUCGUCCUGGGCUAUGUACACGGCUAUGUUGAGCAGAUAGGACACCGAAGAGAAGCCGACUGAUUCAAGGCUAUGGCCACAGGUGGAUAUCGGAAGGGUGAUAGUGUGCGAAGUUGAGAAUCCGCCUACGGAAAAAUUACUACUCAAAAGAUAUAUUUUAUCAAUCC